CAACUCCCGUCCGUCGUCACAGUCAGUCCAUUUCCAGCCGAUUCGCUAAACGGUUGCACUUCGGUUUGUCGGUCGGUUGGUCGAUCCAAUUUGGGCGCCAAUUUUCAUCUCUAGUCCCUUUUCUAGAUUAUAUCUGGGUUUUGAUUUGCGUUUAGCAAAGGGGAAGUGAUCGCGGGAUAUUAUGAAGUGUUCGACGAUCAGGACAUACCACAAGUGCAUAAGGAUAACUGAUUAGUGAAUGUCGUGAAAGACCCAAGAAAUUUGGCUCAUCGCAUAUGUAUCAGAAGAUUGUGUACAUUUUUUAAUUCGCAAAAGUGCAUCAAACACCGCAAGGAAAAGCUAAUGAAUGGAAGAGAUGCAAAAUGGAAAAUUGAAAAUUUCACGCUGACUAGUUUUCACUAUCACUGAAAAAUAGUGCAAGUGCAACAGCAACGAUGUGAAGAAGAAAAAGAAGACCAACAACAAGAAAGAUCACCAUACAGAAGCGAGGGAAAAUAGUGUAAUUUUUUUAUCAUAUCAUAUCGUUCCGGAGAUGUGGGGUGUUAUCGUCGUUGGUGCCAUUUAGGCCAAACACGGGGAUAUCCCACCAUGAUCAUACGUGACAACGUGUCCGAGCGAUUCAAAUAAAAAAACUAGUGAAAUUCCACGGUUAUUGAUGGUAAAGUGAACAACGCGUGAAUGUGUUAAUUCCCCUUGAGUGAGUGAACAACAACAGAGUUCAGUAUAGACGACGCUUCGCGACGCGACGGACGCGGUACGAAUACAGCGUCAGCGUAGAUUUGGUUCGAAGCGAAGUUAGUUUUUGUUUUGGGUUCGAUCGUUUAUACGGUUUGCUGAAAUCUGUUGAGUCUGAGUCAUUCAAUCUUCAUUGUCGACGGGGUUUCGGUGUGGAGCGCCCGGUUCCCGUUGGUGCGUUUGCUGAUUUCGCAUUCGGAACCCACCGCGAAGAAUGCUGAAGAAGGAAAAACCGAUGCUGAGUGUAGCGGCGAUCAUCCAGGCUCAGGGACGGUGGGAUCGAACACUACCUCUGGCAGGAUUGGCAGGUUUCGAUGCCGCCCUCGUUGGUCACAUGGGCCCGCUGUCGCCCCAGGACAUGAAACCCGAUCUCAAACCGGACAUAUCGCUACUGAAUGGCAGUGUGGGCCCGUUUUCGCCGGGCAACAACUGCGGUCCUGCCAGUCCCGGCGCGUUCAACCAACAGGUCGCGGCAGCCCUCCAGCAGCAGCAACAGAAUGUCAACAAUCUCAACAGUCAGCAGUCCGGCGGCGGCGGUGGAGGCGGGGGAGGGACACCCACUACUCCCACCAACAUGAGCCAACAGUAUCCGCCAAAUCAUCCGCUCAGCGGGUCCAAGCAUCUGUGUUCGAUCUGCGGGGAUCGGGCCAGUGGAAAGCAUUACGGUGUCUACAGCUGUGAAGGAUGCAAAGGAUUUUUCAAGCGGACGGUACGGAAAGACUUGUCCUAUGCCUGCCGGGAGGACAAGAACUGCACGAUAGACAAACGCCAAAGAAACCGCUGCCAGUACUGCCGGUAUCAGAAGUGUCUCGCCUGUGGCAUGAAGCGGGAAGCCGUCCAAGAGGAGCGGCAACGGAGUUCCAAGUUUUCCAUUAAGAGUGAAGAGAUCAACUCGACCAGUUCGGUGCGGGACGUGACCAUCGAGCGAAUCCAUGAGGCUGAACAGUUGAGCGAGCAGAAGAGCGGUGAUAAUGCAAUCCCAUACCUUCGGGUUGGAUCCAACUCGAUGAUUCCUCCGGAAUAUAAGGGAGCCGUCUCACAUCUUUGCCAGAUGGUGAACAAACAAAUCUACCAGCUCAUAGACUUUGCCCGCCGUGUGCCCCACUUUAUCAACCUCCCUCGGGACGACCAGGUCAUGUUGCUGCGAUGCGGCUGGAAUGAGAUGCUGAUCGCUGCCGUCGCCUGGAGGAGUAUGGAGUACAUUGAAACGGAACGCUCCUCCGAUGGCAGUCGGAUAACAGUCCGGCAGCCCCAGUUGAUGUGCUUAGGACCAAACUUUACCCUUCACCGGAACAGCGCCCAGCAGGCUGGGGUGGAUACGCUGUUCGAUCGUAUUCUGUGUGAGCUCGGAAUCAAAAUGAAAAGACUGGAUGUAACCCGAGCUGAGCUUGGGGUUCUCAAGGCUAUCAUACUGUUCAAUCCCGACAUUCGAGGGCUUAAGUGCCAGAAGGAGAUCGAUGGGAUGCGGGAGAAAAUCUACGCCUGUUUGGACGAACAUUGCAAACAACAGCAUCCUUCCGAGGAUGGUCGAUUCGCUCAGCUAUUGCUGCGGUUACCGGCCCUGCGAUCGAUCAGUCUCAAGUGUCUCGAUCACCUGAACUUUAUUCGGCUGCUCAGUGAUAAACAUUUGGACAGUUUUAUCGUCGAGAUGCUCGACAUGCCGAUUUAAAGUAUCCUAGAACAAGCAACUUGUGGUUAAAAUCAAACUAAAAAAAUGAAAAUAAAAUCAAACACGUUCACUGUAUUCUUCUCCUCAUCACAUUAUGUUUAUGUUUGUUUACUCUUUCUGUAGAAUUUACUUUCUGCGGCUGUAGAAAGCUUGGAUUUUAGGAAUUUUCUCAUUUCCAAAAAAGAACAGUAAACCUUAUUCUAUGAAGUUUUAUGCAAGUUGUAGGACUCAGUAACUUAUUAAAUGAUAAAUAUAUUUUAAUAUAUAUAAAGUAUGAGUUUAAAGUAAUGAAAAUGGUGCAAAUAGAUUUUAUGAAAAAUCGAUCUAAGAUUACAAAAAAGAAACUAUGUUGAUACAAAAAAAGAUGAUGAAAUACACACGUUUAACUUUAUUCGCAGAUAGAUAAACUUAGAAA